AUGAUGCUCGUCCUGCUCCUCCUCCUCUUGAUGCCGCUGUCGGCAACGGCAACAGCGGAGCUCUGCGGCAACGGCGGCAAUUACACGGCCAACAGCACCUACCAGUCCAAUCUUGCCGUCCUCGCCACCACACUCGCUAGCAACGCAUCCUCUUCUCCACAGCUAUUCGCCGCCGGCAGCACCGGCCAGUCCCCCGACGCGGUGCACGCGCUCGCGCUCUGCCGCGGCGACUUCGCCAACGACACAGCGUGCAGAGACUGCGUCGCCGCCUCGUUCCAGGACGCGCAGCAGGCUUGCCCGAACCGCAAGGGCGCCGCUGUCUACUACGAGUACGACGACACACAGCGGUCAGGGUGCGUCGUCGGCUUCUCCGGCGACAACGACUUCCUCAGCCCAGCCAAUGGUAUCACCGAGAACUCCACGCUCUUCCAAUCGUGGAAUUCGAACAACAUCUCUGGCGACGGCACUGCCAGCGUCGUUUCCGCCGACGUCCACAACCUACUGACGGUGACGGCUCAGGACGCGGCCGCCGACACUGCGAGGCGGUACGCCACCACGGUCAUGGACUCCGUCCAGACGCUCUACUCCCUGGCGCAGUGCACGCCGGACCUGUCCGCCGGCGACUGCCUCGCGUGCCUUCAGCGGCUCAACGGCAUGGUCAACGCCACCACUUCCAUGCGACUGGGAGGACGGAUCUUCGUGCUGCGCUGCAACAUCAGGUUCGAGGCGUUUAUGUUCUUCGACCAACCCACAAGGCGAAUCAAUCCAUCGUCCAUCGCUCCGGCGCCGCCAGGCAAAAGACGUGGAACAGAACCUUGGGUGAUUGCUAUAUGUGUAGCUGCUCCUGUGGCACUAGUAGUAGUUUGCUUCAUCCUUUACCGUCGUCGCCUGGGAAGAAGAUUCAGAAAAGGUACAACAAGACUAGCAGAAAAGAGCUCUCACAAAUCUCAAGGACAAGAUCAUGAAAUUGUUUGGGAAAUGGGAGCGGAGUUUUCAGUUUAUAACUUCCAUGACAUAUUAGAGGCUACAUGUAAUUUUUCCGAAGAAAACAAACUGGGACAAGGUGGAUUCGGCCCUGUAUAUAAGGGACACUUUCCGGAUAGAAGCGAGAUAGCAGUUAAGAGACUCGCUUCAAAUUCAGGACAAGGCUUCAUAGAGUUCAAGAAUGAAGUCGAGCUAAUAGCAAAGCUUCAACACAGGAACCUGGUUAGACUCUUGGGAUGUUGCUCUCAAGGAGAAGAGAAAAUACUGAUCUAUGAAUACUUACCAAACAAAAGCCUCGACUUCUUCAUAUUUGAUGAAAAUAAAAAAGUUUUAUUGGACUGGAACAAACGUCUUGCGAUAAUUGAAGGAAUUGCAGAAGGACUUCUUUACCUACAUAAGCACUCUCGGUUACGUGUCAUACAUCGAGAUCUUAAACCAAGUAACAUACUCUUGGACACCGAAAUGAAUCCUAAAAUUUCAGAUUUUGGACUAGCGAAAAUUUCCACCUCAAAUAACAUUGAAGAAAACACGACAAGAAGAGUGGUUGGUACAUAUGGCUACAUGGCUCCCGAGUAUGCUUCCGAGGGCCUCUUCUCUACCAAAUCUGAUGUAUUCAGCUUUGGUGUAUUAAUUCUUGAGAUCCUUAGCGGGAAAAAGAAUUCUGGUAGCAACCAAUGCGGAGGGUUCAUCAGUUUUAUUGGAUAUGCAUGGCAGUUAUGGGAAGAGGGAAGAUGGACCGAGCUGGUUGAUGUGUCAUUGCUUCCCAAGUAUCACUCGGUAGAAAUGAUGAUGUGCCUUAACAUUGCGCUUUUAUGUGUACAAGAGAAUGCAUCAGAUCGACCAACCAUGUUGGAUGUGAUCGCAAUGUUAAGCGGAGAGACCAUGAUCCAACGGGAGCCUAAGCACCCACCAUACUUCCAUCUAAGGGUAGGUAAUGAAGAGGCAUCGGGUACUACUACCGAUGUGAUCAUAUCUACCACAACGGCUAGAUAGUUUUUCAUUUGUAUAUAGUCCCUACUGGACAGAAUAAGUAUAUCACCUCAAAUGUAAUUUACUUGUAUUA